GGCCAUUCCGCCAGUAAGGAUUGUAUGAUAUAAGUAGUGGAGUACCUAUUUAUUUAAAUAACAAAAAAAGCCAUAAAAAUGCGGUGCUGUGCAGUAUUGUUUGUUCUUGCGUUCAUUGGAUGCAUAUAUGCUGAACAGGAAAUAGUUCACUUACCUCCAGAGAAAGUGGCUCAGAUUCUCCCAGUCGCCAUGCAAUGCGUCGGAGAGUCCAGUGUGCCGCCAGAAGUCAUAUUCCAAUACGCUAGCGGUAAAUCAUUAGGCAACGAUAAAAAGUACCAGAAGUUCAUACAUUGUGUAUUCACUAAGACAGGGUAUGCUGAUGAAACGGGCCAUAUUAAUAUAGAUAAAGCAAUGGAAGUGUUCCCAAAGGGAACAGACAAGGAAGCUGUCAAGAAAAUAAUGGAGGAAUGCAGUAAAGAAAGAGGUGAGGACCCUCCAGAGACUUCAUUCAAAUUCGCGAAAUGUUUCCGUAAGAAGGCACCUGUUAGAAUUACUUUACAAUAAUGUACAAAAAUAAUAAAUACCCUAAUAAAAAAAUAAAAACGA